AUGUGUCCCUUCAUAAAAUUUCUACCUUUGCUUCGACCAGCUAUUGAACUUACCUGUUCCACCGAAAGGUUCGACUGGACAUCAAUCAAACCUUCCACCAACCUAGAAUACCACCCAUGCUACACCAACGCCCAAUGUGCUCGACUCAUCCUCCCACUAGACUACCAAAAGCCCAAUGAUACCCGAACAGUCGCCCUCGCGAUUGCCAAAAUUCCUACCACUGUUCCCGACGAUGACCCUAGAUUCGGCGGCUCUAUAUUUCUCAACCCAGGAGGGCCGGGGGGUUGCGCGACCGAUCUAGCAGUAUGGCUUGGGCCAAGCCUACAACUCAGGUUGGAGCGAUCUGGUCGUCGCCAUUAUGAGUACAUUGGGAUUGAUGGUCGUGGCAUUGGACACAGCUGGCCCGCUUCCAACUGUUUUCCAGGCGAUUUGUUAUCUAGGCUGGCCUUCAACAUGGAGCAGAGAGGGAUGGGGUCUUUGACAGACUCAGAUCAUGCCAUACGCUACGGACUCGCUCUAAGCGAUGGAUUUGGCGAGCGAUGUGCCAUGGCAGAUAAAAGUGGUUUAAAUGGCGGAGACAUUAUGGCUUAUGCUGGAACAGCGAGUGUUGCUCGUGAUAUGGUGGAAGUGGCAGACAAGAUUGUGGAACUGCGUUUGAGACGACAUGGAGCAAACGGUCAAUAUGGGGGCGAUGCAGCUCAAACAACCAAAGAUGUCGCCCGAAUACAAUAUCUCGGCUUUUCGUAUGGAACCAUUCUAGGCCAUUAUUUGGUAUCCAUGUUCCCCGAACGAGUUGGUCGUCUGAUUCUCGACGGCGUCAUGGACCCCAGAGACUACGCAACCGGACCGGGCUGGACAACCAACUUAGCCGAUACAGACAAGCUCUACCACGCUUUCUUUGGCGGCUGUCACAAAGCGGGACCAUCAAUCUGCGCCUUGUCCCGUUCAGGCGAUAAGUCUGGGAAUGACAUUGAAUCCCGUUUCAAUACAUGGUUCAAUAAACUCGAGAAAGAUCCCUUAACAUCAAUCGGUCCCGAUGGUGACGUGCGCAUUCUCACAGGAUGCGAUAUUCGAGCGUACAUGGGUGGUGGUUUUUAUGCCCCGAUAGCAACGUUCCAAACGAUGGCAUUCAUCUUAGACGCUGCAAUAACAGGCAAUACCGCACGUCUCUUUGAUGCGUAUUUUUCCGACAUCAGCCCCAAGCGCAAAGCUGACGGCGGUCUGUAUGAUGACCCUCUCCAUCCAGCAGCAGGCGAUGGUGGCUACGCCGUCCGCUGUGGUGAUGGCGACGACGUUACCCAAAAGGAUGUUACCUGGUGGCGUGAGUAUGCACAGAAUCUAACAUCGCGAUCGCUCAUUUUCGGUAGUUACUGGGCAAACAAGCGAUUCAUCUGUUCAGGCUGGAAAUUCAAGUCCAACUGGCGCUUCACUGGACCAUUCACAUCACCUGAGCCCAGAAAAGACGCAAGUGGUGACCCAGAACCCGGAUACCCUGCUGCUCCAACCUUGUAUCUGUCCACCCGGCUUGACCAUGUUACACCUCUUCUCUCGGCUCGUGAUAUGAGAGACGUCUAUCCUGGAGCUGGCUUGGGCGUGUUAGAUGUAGGAGGACAUACCACUCUUGGUGCUGGGGCAACAAGUGAGUGUAUCGAAAAGUUGGUCGAAGAGUACUUGGAAACAGGUACUGUUCCAGCUGAAGAAUCAGUAUGUACAGUUGAUUGCGGACCAUGGGAUGAGAAAUGUGAAGUCGAGUAUACCAUCUAG